CCCUCUAGAAAAGAAAGAUACUACACCAGUCCGUUCACAACCACGGCUCUCCUCCCCACCACAACAUCGAUACCGCUGCAACUACUCUAAUCUGUCCACUAAACUCCAGUGUGCAGCGUAAGUGGAAGGCUCUAUGAUAAUAUGAUAGUAUGAUAGUGUUAUUGGUCUACAUGUUUAUAAAGUUCAAUGUCUUCUUACAUCAUAUCUGGAUCGUAUUUGUAGAACAUUCACGAGUGAAGCAGACCUUCAACAACAUGUCACGGAUGAACAUGUGAGCACAUUGUCAAAUAUCAAUCCUGCCCCAUCACUCAAGAGAGGAAGGCCCAGAAAGUCUCCAUCUGAUGCUGAUCCGAAUGCUGCGCCAUCUCCUGUGCCGAUGUUGGUAACAGAACCCUACCAAGCAGUGUCUACAACGAUUGAUCAAUCUACUUAUCAGCAACCUGGGUAUAGUAAUUAUGGAGCAACAGGGCAAUACCCAGCCACUACCCCAUCUCGACCAACAACCCCAAGCGAUGUCCUUGCUGGUCAAAACAUGUAUUCAAGCGCAGUAUAUCCAACAUCAUCACAACAACAACCACAACAACCACAACAACCACAACAACCACAGCAACAACCACAACAUCAGUCAAUGCAGUACAUGCAUCAGCAGCACCAACGUGGAAUGUCAUAUUCUCAGCAAGCAUAUGAUCAAUCAAUUCCAUCAGGAUAUUCCAGGUCGCAAGGUUAUGCACAAACUGUGCCUCAUAGUCAAGGCUACGCAUAUGGACAACCUUACCCUAUGCAGCAGCAGCAGCAACAACAGCAUUCUCCUAAUCAACCAUACGCCUUCAAUCAGACGCAGUACUACCAGCAGAGCUAUGCAUCCCAAGGAUAUCCUUCCCAGCAACAGAAUGCAUACUCUUACGCUUAUUCACAACCCUAUAGUGCGUCGCCUCAUGGCUAUCCACAGCAUCAAAACUACGGUCCGGAACAACAAAACCGCCAUCUAUCAUCCUCCGUGCCAUCUGACCAUCAACAACAGCUUGUUCAGCAGCAACGUCUUGUUCAACAACAACAGCUUGUGCAGCAGCAGUAUUUGGCUCAACAGCAACAGCUUGUACAACAGCAGAAGCAUAUACAGCAUUCACAUCAGCACUCACCUUCACACCCUGGAUACCAUCAACGAGGUAUCUCUCAAUCCUAUCCGGUGCAACCACAGCAACAACAACAGCCCUAUCCAUCCCAGUCACCUGUCUCUAUUAUUGCAUCUCAGCCAUAUGCAAGUGUGAAUCCACCAUAUCAACAACAGGCCUAUCUUCCACCAACGUCAGUGGCAUACAAUAGUGGACAUGGGGCAUCCUUGUCGAACGCAUCAUCGCAUGGAUCGGCCUCUACACUGACCAAUGCUAUGGAGGGUAUUGGUCUUGGUCUUUCGGGUGUGACAAAUGCAGAUCAUGGAAGGGUUAGAACAUCAAUGGUGGCAGCAGAUGGUACUGCUACGACGUCCACCUUUAAUUCACCAACCAUGUAGUGUAGUACAGCAUUAAAAAAGAUGUUUU